AGGCGGGCGUUAGGGGCGGGCGGCCGCGGCGGGUUGGGCUGCGCCUGUCAGCGCGGCGGCGGGAUGGCGGCGCUGUACGCCUGCACUAAGUGCCACCAGCGCUUCCCCUUCGAGGCGCUCAGCCAGGGCCAGCAGCUCUGCAAGGAGUGCCGCAUCGCGCACCCCAUCGUGAAGUGCACAUACUGCAGGACCGAGUUCCAGCAGGAAAGCAAAACCAACACGAUAUGCAAGAAGUGUGCUCAGAACGUGAAGCUCUACGGCACACCCAAACCCUGCCAGUACUGCAACAUAAUCGCAGCGUUCAUUGGAAACAAGUGCCAGCGCUGCACCAACUCCGAAAAGAAGUACGGACCGCCGCACUCCUGCGAGCAGUGCAAGCAGCAGUGUGCGUUUGACAGGAAGGAUGACAGAAAGAAGGUGGAUGGAAAGCUGCUCUGCUGGUUAUGCACACUGUCCUAUAAACGGGUCCUACAGAAGACCAAAGAGCAGUGCAAACACCUCAGCAGCUCUUCCCGAGCCAGCCUGCAAGAGAAGGAGCAGUACAGCAGGCUCAGCAGCGGCAGCCAUUACAACAGCCAGAAAACCUUAUCCACCUCUUCUAUUCAGAAUGAAAUCCCAAAGAAGAAAGCCAAGUUUGAUGCCAUAUCUGCCAACGGUGACAGCGUUCCUUCCUCUCCCGAGAUGCUUUGUCCCCCUAUCCAGAGUGCCCCGUCCACGUUGGCGCAGGGGGCUGCUUCCCACCCGAGUCUCGGUGCCCACCAUUGUCCUGUUUCUCAAGGCACUGACAUCCUGAACUUCUCUCCGGACCUCGCCCUGGACUCUCCCGGCACCGACCACUUCGUUAUCAUCGCCCAGCUCAAGGAGGAGGUGGCUACCUUAAAGAAGAUGCUGCACCAGAAGGAUCAGAUGAUUUUGGAGAAGGAGAAGAAGAUCACAGAGCUGAAAGCCGACCUGCAGUACCAGGAGUCACAGAUGAGGGCAAAGAUGAACCAGAUGGAGAAGACGCACAAGGAGGUCAUGGAGCAGUUACAGGCCAAGAACAGAGAACUCCUGAAGCAAGCAGCUGCCCUAUCGAAGGGCAAAAAGCCUGAGAAGUCGGGAGCAAUAACCUCCCCUUAAAAACCAAACCCCCGAUCUGGGAGCUUUCCCCAGCAUUAGCCAAGGAGUCUAGGAGGCCUGCCUGAUCGCUGGAAGCCAAAACCUCGGUGUUGUCACUCUCCCACUGCUGUGGCCUCGAUGGAAACGCCUGGUGUGUGUUGCCUUUCGACAGCAUGCUUGAGUGUGCCUGGUUUCGAUCUCUGUUGAACACCGUUCCGCAUCACGGCGAUCCGCGGGGAGAGGUCCCAGCAACCCCACACCCCCCCCGAAGCACUGCUGACUGGAAGAAGUGUUUUCCCGACCAGUUACUACCACUGCCACCUCUUUCUAUUAGCAACCAGGAACCUGCUGCAUUAGAGACUUCUCGCUGGUUUCAGACCUGCUGCUGUGAGGCAAUAGCCGUGGCCAGUCGUUCCGCAGAUGAGACGGGAGCUGCGUGCGGUGGGAGCUUGAUUUGUCUCGGACUGUUCCCUCCUCAAAAGGAAGCCGAUAAAUCACCAGCCCGACAGACGUUACUGGAAGGUUGUGCCACUGCUGAGAACGGUUCGUCCAUCUUCCUUUUGAAGGCGCUUCCAAAGUGGGGGCUCUGUAUUUAUCUCGGAGGGGUUUCAUUUUGUUUUUCCUUUUCUUUUUCUUUCUUUUCCCGGUGUCAGCCUGGCAAAGCCAACUGCUAGGUUUGGUUUUUUCCUGUUUUGUUAGGAUAGCUUUUGGGUUGGGCGCCAGAGCUUGAUGAUACAGACACAGACCCACCUCAUCCCACCCCUGGUUACUUGGUGGCCUUUGGGGCUUGGCGGGAUCGAGCAUCUCUUUCUCCAUUUCUUUACGCGAGGAGAGCUCGAGGCUUGGCUGCUUCCUGUGCUCCCCUCAGCCCCUGGAUCGAGCUCGCCCUCUUCUCCCCCUCUCCCUGCUCCCUGCCAGAUGCAGAAGCAGGGGCCAGGCUGACUCCGGGAAAGCGCUUACUCAGGCAGCAACCCAAGCCAGGAAGUGUUUCUUGGGGCUCUCCGGGGACAUUUCUCGCUGCUGAUUAAAAGCCAGCAGAAUAAAAGGGCUACGAAAGUUCCCUGCACCAGGGAUGCGCUUCUCAGAAACAGCUGGAGAGCCGCAGCAGAGCCCCCAGAGCCAGCCAGGCCGCCCGGGGUGGGCGCUCCCCAGGCUCCCCACGUCUCCUGGGGGGGGGACAAAAAGCACUUGGCACCGGGGGAAAGCAGCUCCGAGCUGCACGAGCGCUCCUGGGCAUCGAUUCAGGGCCUGCGGAAACAUCUCAGGGUUCGGAGACCCGCGGGGCGGAGGAGGAGGGGACGACACCUUAGCCUGGAGGGGCGCUGACAGUAGGUGGUGGAAAGGAGAAAAGCUGCCCUUCCGAGGCAGGCCUGGCUGCUCUGUCAGGGGUUUUAUUAAGCUUUUAACUAGACAUUGUGAGGUUUUUUUUCUCCUUUUUUGUUGCUAAAGAUGACUUUUACUCAAAGGCACUUUUUUGAUGUUGGCUUCCGGCAUGGAAGGAGCAUGCUGCAGCAUCAGACACUCUGCCACAUCUUUUUUUUUGUUCUUUUUUUGUUCUUUUUUUUUUAAAGAUACUUCUGAUGUGAGGAAAAAAAAAAAGUGUUACACUUUGCCAGUGUGACAGCAGGAAAAUACUCACCUAAUUUUAUACUUCACACGUUUUUAGAAACUGAGGUGCAUUGGUGGGAUUUUUUUUAAACGGGGGCUUUGCUUUUUUUGCUUCCCUCAAGCUACAGAAACAAACAGAGGGAGAAAAGCCCUGUAUAUACCGUUAAGGUUUUUUUUAAUUGUGACAAAGUUGAGUAGCUGAUAAUUUGUAGUAAUAACAUUGUUCCUUUGUAUGUUUGUAAUAAGGGAGAUUUUAAAAGGGUUGCUUUGAUUUGUACAAAAACUCUGACAAAUGUUAAAGUGUUU